GAGGAGGAGGAGAUGACUGUUACACUGAAAAAGGAGGAGGAAGAAGAGGAGGAAACUGGAUAUCUGGGCCCGGUUUCCCAAAGCCAUCUUAAGGCAUCCAAUGGUUCUAAUGAUGAACUUAGUCAUAAGAUGCUUUUGGAAAACCGGGCCCUGAUUAACACUAGAGAACAACAUCAUGAUGCUGACAAGGAAGAGAAGAGUCUCUCCACAUCAGAACGUCUGAUAAAACACCGGCAGAGACCCACAGGGAAGAAACUUCACCGCUGCUCUGAUUGUGGGAAGAGUUACUCAAGAUCAGAUUCACUACAACUUCACCUGAGAAUUCACACUGGAGAGAAUUCUCACUGCUGCUCUGACUGUGGGAAGAGAUUCACCUCUUCAGCAGAUCUUAAAAAACAUUUGAGAAUCCACACAGGAGAGAAGCCUUAUGGCUGUGAUCAAUGUGGGAAGAGUUUUACUAGAUCAAGUAAUCUGAAAGCACACCAGAGAAUACACACCGCAGAGAAACCCCAUAGCUGUGAUCAAUGUGGGAAGAGUUUUUCUUCGUCUAGCCAUCUGACUACACACCAGAGAACACACACAGGAGAGAAACCUCAUCACUGCUUUGACUGUGGAAAGAGUUACUCAAGAUCAGAUUCACUGAAAGUGCACCAGAGAAUUCACACUGGGGAAAAACCUUAUAGCUGUUUUCAAUGUGGGAAGAGUUGUAAUAACACAAACAGCCUGAAAACACACCAGAGAAUUCACACUGGAGAAAAACCUUAUAACUGUGAUCAGUGUGGGAAGGGUUUUACUGAUACAAGCAGCCUGAAAACACACCAGAGAAUUCACACUGGAGAUAAACCUUAUAGCUGCUCUGACUGUGGGAAGAGCUUUUCAAAAUCAUCUACAUUGCAAUCACACCAGAGAAUUCACACUGGAGAGAAACCUUAUAGCUGCUCUGACUGUGGGAAGACCUUUUCAAAAUUAUAUACAUUGCAAUCACACCAGAGAAUACACACAGGAGAGAAACCUUACAGCUGUGAUCAAUGUGGAAAGAGUUUUGUUACGUCUAGCCAUCUGACUAUACACCAGAGAACACACACAGGAGAGAAACCUUAUAGCUGUGAUCAAUGUGGGAAGAGAUACUCUGAUAAAAGAGCUCUGAUUAAACAUCAGAAAGUACAUACAUGA